AUGCUUGUCUUUAUCAGCCUCACGCCAAACUGGUCAAUCGCCUGCGUGUCGAGAGUGCGACGUCAAGGUACGGUGUAUGUGAAACGAAGGACUCUGACGUGGAGGAGGAAGAAAGUCGUCGGCGGCGGGUCACGUGCCCGGGGGAUGGCCUCAUCUUCGCGAAGCUCCGGGCGACUCGCGAAGAUACCCGAGAACGUCUUCCACGGUUUCCUGGCCAUUGCAGCCGCCGCAAUGUCCUCCCCACUGUCUGCCGAAGAUGAAGGCAUCUUCGAGCGCCUUCAGCAGCGCGCCGAUCCGAAGGUGCUGGAAGAACAGCAGCAGGCCGUCAACGAACGGAUGCGUGCGAUCUACCAAAAAGCACAAUUGCGCCUCGGUGAAUUGAUCGACCAGAAUUCCACCCUGCCGUGCGCCAUCUCCUCGAUCCAGGUCCUCAAUGCCACCCACACUCGCAGAGGUUUUCUGGAACGUAUAUUCAAUCCUCUCUUAAGCGUCAAUCAAAAGAAAGCCUACACGCUCUCCGAAGCCCUGCAGGAAGUCUCGGCACGGGCGGACAAGCUUAAUAGAUUUGAUAUCUUCCAACAGCCAGUCUCCGUGUACUUGGAUCAAUCCCCCGACGCAGAUGUGAGGACCGGCCUUCCGAACCUUGAUGUCUAUGUCUCCGUCAAGGAGAAGCCCCGCAUCCUCUUGAAGACCGGGACUGAUCUCGGAAACACUGAGGGAUCUGCCUACGGUAACCUUCUGUACCGCAAUGUCUUCGGAGGCGCGGAAAACCUCAACCUAAACGCCUCGUUGGGCACCCGGACCAAGUCGGCCUACCAGGCUACCUUCGAAACUCCAAUCCUGAGUGACCCGGACUUCCGUUUCGAGCUGGGCGGAAUCGCCAGUGCCACGCAGAAGCCUUGGGCUAGCCAUGAGGAGGUCUUGAAGGGCGGUUGGAGCAAGCUUCGGUGGAUGAGCCAGUCCGGCAGUCGCCAAGAGGUUGGCUACAGUGGCUUCUGGCGCCAGAUGACCGGCCUGGCCGAGAAUGCAUCCCCCACCGUGCGCGCCGACGCAGGAGACAGUGUUAAGAGCAGCAUCUUCCACAGCUGGACCACGGACAAACGGGACAACGCGCUUCUUCCCACCCGCGGCUACUAUGCCAAGGCUUUCAACGAAUUGGCGGGCUGGGGUCCGCUCAAGGGCGAUGUGUCGUUCUGGAAAUCCGAGAUUGAAACGCAGAGUGCUGUGCCGAUUCCAAUUCCGGGCGUCAAGGGUGACAGUGGCGUGUCCUUUAGCACCGGGUUCCGCGCCGGUCUCCUCUACCCUCUUGGCCUCGACUCCGACUCCCGUCCUCAGCUCUCUCGCGUCAACGAUCGGUUCGUCCUUGGUGGUCCGACUGAUGUCCGUGGCUUCCGUCUCUGCGGCCUUGGACCCCACAGUGGAGCGGACGCCGUUGGCGGGGAUGUGUAUGCGGCGGGAAGCGCCAACCUGAUGCUCCCUCUCCCCCGGGUGGGUGUCGAGAACCCCCUGCGCCUUCAGCUCUUUAUGAACGGCGGUCGGCUGUUGCCUCUGCGCACUGCAAACAAGGACGUGCCGACUACCAGUGGAGAGGUGAAGGACGCGAUGAUUUCCACCAUCUCGGAGAUUGGAAACGGCCUGCCUAGCGUUGCGGCCGGUGUUGGACUGGUGUAUGCUCACCCCGUUGCGCGGUUCGAACUGAACUUCUCCGUGCCGCUAGUGGUACGGAAGGGCGAGGAUCACCGGAAGGGAUUGCAGUUUGGGGUUGGUAUUAAUUUCCUUUAA